UGAUGUUUUUGGAGCCCUAGUAAAAACUAUUACCCUACGCAGUUGCAACUAUUAAACUUUAUAUUUUAUACAAUAAUCGAACAAAGAAGUAAUGGCGAAUUGCAUUUUCUGCAAAAUAGCCAAUGGCGAAGAGCCGUCAACUGUCUUGGAAAAGGAAACCGAUGAAUUCGUUAUCUUUAAGGACAUCAAGCCCGCUUCCCAGCACCAUUAUUUAGCGGUAACCAAAAAGCACUACAACAGCCUUAAGACUCUAAACAAGAGCGACGAGCCCAUGGUGGAAAGAAUGGAGAACUGCUUGACAGAAUUUCUGACGGGCGCAGGAAUAUCCCCCCAGGACGCGUUGUUGGGGUUUCACUUGCCACCUUUCAUUACGGUCAACCAUCUACAUAUGCAUGCUAUUGCUCCACGAUCGGAAAUGGGCUUUGUAUCUAAACUAAUCUUUAGACCCUCCAUUUGGUUCAAAACCGCCCAAGAUGCUCGCGUGUACCUUGCUCAAAAGGAGGCAGAUUCCUAGUAAAUAAAUAGUAUGUGGACGAACGCUAAUGCAUGUUUAACAAUAAUAACUGCUGCCAAAAGACUUGUUAAUGUUUUUUUUUUUUUUAAAUAUUUUUAAUAAAUCAAUAUUUUAUACUAAA